CUCUCUCUGUGCCACGAGAAACCGGAAAUGGCAGGUGACACACAAGAGCGGGAUAUCUGUUAUCUGAACCCAAGCCAUCAUUGCGUAUCCCUCGUAAUGCUGAGGUUACCUGCUAAGAUAUAUCAGGCUGAGGACAUGGUCAAGAAUACGGCGGUUCCGAGGAAAGUAGAGUACGCCUAUAGCCCCUUCCCCUCACUUCUUGUACGAAACUUCACAAUGGCGAACCCACCCAUACCACCAGUCACACAAAGGGCACCGAGUAUCGACUUCAUUGACCAAAGGCUUGCAAAAUAUCAUCCAUUAUUUGCUUCCCAGACCGUGCAGUACGAUCAGAUGACGGGGCAAUACAUUUCGGCGGUAGCCAAUCACGCCUUGAGCCCGAACACUCAUAACAGCCUUGUGUCUCUGCCUUCUUCACACCUAUACCCACAAAACAGUUUACCUCCAAGGCCAUACUGGACAGACAUCAAUGCCAUGAAAUCUUGGAACCGCAUAUUUCCAGAGUCUAUGGCACGAUUUAUGGCAACGAAAGAACCGAAAGGGCGAUCGAACACGCAAUACAAUAUAAGAGACAAAUCAAACUGGGACGAGAUAUACCAAACACUUGAGUCCGCGCGCAAUAGAUAUCAAGACACUGGCGGUCGCGUGGGCUGGAUUCGGAAGGUUCGACGAAAGGUCGCUGAUAACAUCACACCAGGGGUUGAAUCCGCUAAAAUAGCAUCUAAAGUUGUUCCACAGGACCCACUAUCAACACCUGUUGUUGGUGCAGUUGAGGUAUUGUUCGAUGCCAUAAAGGUUGCAGCAACAGUACGUGGAGAGGUGUUAACAGGAUUGGAUGGUCUUAUUCCAAUCUUCUCCGAUGUAGAGACAUUCCUCAGCACAUUUCCCGACGACGCAAUCAUAAAGCUAGCCUCUAUAGAGCUAGUUGCCACUACUCUUUUUGCCAUCGAAGGCACCAUUGGAUUUUUCAUUGGCAAUGAAUAUGUGCGUGGGGGGAAAGCCAUAUUUAGUGGGGCAGAUUAUGAGAAAGGGCUUCGCGAAAGCCUUGAAGCAAUCCAAGCCAAAGCCCAAGACCUCGUCCAGCAAGCUCUCAAGUCCCAUGUUUUUGCGUCUCACAUGUACUCGCAAGAAACGCAGAGAAUGAUCAGGCUCAUGUUGCAGAAAGCAGACGUAUUAGUCGCUGCAUUCAAUUCAAUAGAACACCUCCUCAACGGCUACCAGCUGAAACAAGAGAUCUUGAUCAAAAGAGAGGAGGAACUACUGGCUCAAAAUGCUAUGAUGGCGUCGACAUAUACCGUGCAGCAAUGGGCCACCGCAUCGCAGACAAUAACCCCGCCGGCAAUGUAUCCAUAUACCAAUCAGAAUAAUAUACGGACUAUCACCAACUCUUCUGAGCUAGAUAUGGCGGAUUGGAUCUUUGUUGCAGAAAAGAAAAAGCAGCUUCGUGCAAAGGACCUGGCCAGAGCUGAGCAGAUCGUACAGACCCAAUUGUUCGCCAACUGGAUUAUGUCGACCUCAUCCGCGAAGCUCUUGGUUCACUGGAAUUCUAGUCUACCUAAAGAGGUAGCAAAUGUCUCGCCACUUUCGAUAUUCUGUAUGACGUUGGCAAAGUCUGUGAGAUUCAGUGAUCGAUUUAUUUCGAUUUCAUGGUUCUGUGGUCGUCACGCGGAUGCUAUUGAACCGGGAGCAAGAAUUGGAGGGAGUGCUAUGAUACUAAGCCUGGUUGACCAGCUUCUGGAACAGUUCGAGUAUAGCACAUACUUCCUGCAGAAUCAUGUCGACAUCCGGGCUUUGGAAGGUGCUAGUAUGGAAACAUGGAUCAACCUACUUGUCUUGUUGGUUCGGCAGCUUCCACGAACCAUAACGCUUUUCUUCAUCAUUGACGGGGUAUAUCUAUUCGAAAGAGAGGACUUCGAGGCAGAUGCGACACCCGUUUUCGAAACACUACUUCAGCUCACCAACGAACCCGAUCUUGCGGCGACCUUGAAAUUGUUAUUCACGAGCACACCAGGUACGGAAGUAGUUCGAGUAGCGUUCGAGCAAGAUGAUCUCAUCCUGGAGGUGAGCAAUUUGCCCAGACCAGAUGUGGCAAGCGAAGAACGCAUGAUUCGGGAGAUUGAGGGCGGACUUGUCUGA